GUCUUGCAGCCACCGCCCUGCCGGAUGCGCCCCCGGCCCGCACCCGCGUCUGUUGCUUCAUCUCGCGCACCUGUUAGACAGGUCGCGAGGAGCCUCUGCCUCACCCGCGCUCUAGCCCGGGCUCCGCGUGAACUUCGUCCUGUCCUAGCCGUGCCAGCCUCGGGACGUCCCUCGUGCCUGCGGCUGAAGGGGCCGUGGGAGCCUGGCAGGCCGAGGCCGUCCGCUCUUGGAUCCGGCCGCUGGGGCUGGCUCCAGACGCAAACCCAGAGCCCGAGGACCCAGAACAGGGCCAGGAACGUGAAGCGAAUCCCAGCGUCUCCUAGGUCAAGGACAGAGUUACCUUUGGAUUCCAAACGUUGCUUUUCAGACAGCGUUCGGUUGUAUGAGCCAUGGCUAUGACUAGUGUCAGAUUGCCUGCUGGUGUUUUAAGAAAGCCAGAUGCCUGGACUGGACUCUGGGGAGUGCUCCGGGGGACACCUUCUUCAUACAAACUGUGUGCUUCCUGGAAUCGAUACUUAUAUUUUUCUAAUACCAAGUUAAAUGCAUCAAAUUAUAAAACACUUUUCCAUAAUAUUUUCUCACUGAGACUCCCAGGGCUUUUAAUAUCUCCAGAACAUGUUUUUCCAUUUUCCAUAAGACUCAAAAGUAAUAUAAGCUCUAAAAACUCCACCAGAAAGACUCUGCAGAAAGUGGAAGAUGAAGAUGUCUCUGAUGACGAGAGUGAUCGCAAAGAGAUAAGUGAGCAGGAAGAGGAGCUGGAGGAUGACCCCAGUGUGGUCAAAGACUAUAAAGACCUGGAAAAAGUCGUGCAGUCUUUUCGGUACGAUAUUAUCCUGAAGACAGGUCUAGAUGUUGGAAGAAACAAAGUGGAAGAUGCAUUCUACAAAGGUGAACUCAGGCUGAAUGGGGAAAAAUUAUGGAAGAAAAGCAGAACGGUGAAAGUGGGAGAUACAUUGGAUCUUCUCAUUGGAGAGAAUAAAGAAGCAGAAACAGACACAGUAAUGCGAAUUCUCCUGAAAAAAGUGUUUGAAGAGAAGACCGAAAGUGAAAAAUACAGAGUGGUGUUACGGAGGUGGAAAAAGUUAGAGUUGCCUAAGAAGAAUAUGUCUAAAUAGACGGGUUGUGUUGUAGAGAUAAAGCUGCUUUCUAGUGGUGGGGGCAGGUGGCAGCUUAAAGGAGGACACUUUUAUUAAAAUAAAGUUCUCUUACCAUU